UUCCUCCUCCACCGCCACAAUCUCCACCGCCCCAUUGUCUCCCUAGUCACUCCCUAUACCAACUGCCUCGGAGCGCUCGGCGUCAUCCGCGGCGGAGGGGGUUGGCGCCGCGUGCUCCGUCGGUCCCGCCCUUCGCCGCCUCAUCGGCUCCGGGUUAGUACAAAGGAUUAAAAAUGGUAGAGAAUGGUGUUGCUGAGCAACCAGACGGGGUGUCUCGAAAUAGGCCACGUGCUCAGUUGGAUGAUGAUCCGGUUGGUCCUGGAUACCUUCCAGAGUUGACAUGGGAACACAAGCUCAGCAAUACUGGCUAUGAUUUGCCAUCAUUCAGACUUACAUGGAGAGAGACAUUUCAAUUGGCUGGCCUUGGUUUUCGUCUUGGCCGACACAUCCUUGAAGAAACAUCAAAAGGACGUGCUUCUGUGAUUGAUCCCAUGAAAAAGCGAAUUGCAAAAUCUGGUCAGGGUGUUCCACUUGGCGGCAUUGGUUCAGGAAGCAUUGGAAGGAGCUACAAAGGUGACUUCCAACGAUGGCAAUUGUUUCCAGGAACUUGCGAAGAGAAACCUGUACUGGCAAAUCAAUUUUCUGCAUUCAUUUCCCACAAAGAUGGUAGAAACUAUUCCUCAGUGUUGCAUCCUGGGAAACCAGAUUUUCCAAAAGGAAGUAACAUUUCAGGAAUUGGAUCCUGGGAUUGGAAUAUGAGUGGACAAAAUUCUACGUACCAUGCUCUUUACCCUAGGUCCUGGACGAUAUACAAAGGAGAACCUGAUCCAGAUGUUAACAUAGUGUGUCGUCAAAUUUCUCCAAUUAUUCCACACAAUUAUCAACAUAGCAGCUACCCGGUUGCUGUAUUCACUUUCACAGUUACUAACUCAGGCAAUACCACUGCCGAUGCAACUUUGCUUUUCACAUGGGCUAACUCUGUUGGUGGGAAAUCUGAAUUCACUGGAUAUCACUCCAAUUCCCCUAUGAUAGAAAAGGAUGGUGUUCAUGGCAUUCUGUUACAUCAUAGAACAGCUAAUGGACAGCCACCAGUAACUUUUGCCUUAGCUGCACAAGAGAAAGAAGAUGUUCAUAUCUCUAUAUGCCCUUACUUUGUAAUAUCUGGAAGUUCUGACGAAUUUACAGCAAAGGACAUGUGGAAUCAUGUGAAAGAGAAUGGAUCUUUUGAUCAUCUUGAUCUCAACAAAACAUCGAUGUACUCAAGACCUGGAUCGUCGAUAGGGGCAGCUAUUGCAGCUUCUGUUAAGCUGCCUGCUCAGGCAACCCAGAAUGUAUCAUUUUCACUUUCCUGGGCUUGUCCUGAAGUGAAGUUCUCCAGUGGAAAAACCUACCAUAGGCGUUAUACAAAAUUUUAUGGCACAGAUAGUGAUGCAGCAGCUAGCCUUGCCCAUGAUGCCAUUUUAGAGCACAAUUCUUGGGAAAGGCAAAUUGAGGAGUGGCAGAAUCCUGUUUUGCAAGAUGAGAGGCUUCCUGCGUGGUACCCAGUCACACUUUUCAAUGAAUUAUACUAUCUUAAUGCUGGAGGAACCAUAUGGACUGAUGGAUUGCCACCAAUUCAAAGCUUGACUGCUAUUGGAGAAAAAAAGUUUUCUCUUGACAUGCAGAAUGGGGAGGCUGAUGAUGUCAAUGGGAUAAUCCCACGAAAUAAUACUGCUGGUGACAUCCUUAAUCAAAUGGCUUCAAUACUUGAGAGAAUUCAUGCAUCCAUGGCAUCAAAUUCUGCUAUAGGAACAACUUUACUUCAGGGUGAAGAGAAUAUUGGCCAAUUUCUCUACCUUGAGGGCAUUGAGUAUUAUAUGUGGAACACAUAUGACGUUCAUUUCUAUGCAUCAUUCUCUCUGAUCAUGCUGUUUCCAAAACUUCAGCUCAGCAUUCAGAGGGACUUUGCUGCUGCUGUUAUGAUGCAUGAUCCUGAAAAGCUCAGGAUGUUACAUGAUGGGAAAUGGGCUGCAAGAAAGGUUCUUGGUGCUGUUCCUCAUGAUCUUGGGUUAUACGAUCCCUGGUUCAAAGUGAACGCAUACACACUGUAUAACACAGAUCGUUGGAAGGAUUUGAACCCUAAGUUUGUACUGCAAGUUUAUAGAGAUGUUGUUGCCACGGGUGACAAAUCCUUUGCUCGUGCUGUAUGGCCAUCUGUUUAUAUGGCAAUGGCAUAUAUGGAGCAAUUUGACAGGGAUAAAGAUGGGAUGAUUGAAAAUGAGGAUUUUCCAGAUCAGACGUACGAUGUGUGGUCAAUGGCUGGUAUAAGUGCGUACUGUGGUGGACUUUGGGUGGCCGCUCUUCAAGCUGCGUCAGCCUUGGCACAUGAAGUUGGUGACAAAGCGUCUGAAAGGCUUUUCUGGGACAAGUAUGAGAAGGCUAAGUCUGUCUAUGGCAAGCUGUGGAAUGGUUCUUACUUCAAUUAUGAUGAUGGCGAAAACAUAAUGAGCACAUCUAUCCAAGCAGAUCAACUGGCUGGACAAUGGUAUGCCAAAGCCUGCGGUCUUUUCCCAAUUGUUGACAAGGAUAAGGCACAAAGUGCACUCGAAAAGAUAUAUUCUUUCAAUGUGAUGAAGUUCAAGGAUGGCAAAAGGGGAGCAAUGAAUGGGAUGUGGCCAAAUGGCACCGUGGACAUGUCUGCAAUGCAAUCUAGGGAGAUAUGGCCAGGUGUGACAUAUGCACUUGCUGCAACCAUGAUUCAAGAAGGCAUGGUUGAGAAGGGGUUCAAAACAGCUGAAGGGAUCUAUCAUGCUGCCUGGUCUCCAGAAGGACUUGGGUACUCAUUCCAAACCCCAGAAGCUUGGAACAACGACGACGAGUACCGAUCAUUGUGCUACAUGCGCCCUCUUGCGAUCUGGGCCAUACAGUGGGCACUAUCAGCACCAAAACUCCACAAGGAGGCUCCGGCAGAUAUCCCACAGGAUUCUUUCCCAAAGAACCAGUUCUCGUAUGCAAGGAUUGCGAAGCUGCUGCAGUUGCCUGAAGACGACUCUCCCAAGAGCUUCCUUCGAGUGAUCUAUGAGAUUAUCUGGAGCAGGUAUAAGUCCUGAUCAUAGUGCCAGCCAGAUGCUGAUCCUUGAUGUUGGGUGUCCAUUGGCGAUAUUUUCAUUCUUGAUUUGGGAACAUUUGUGAGCACACUUCAUCAACGUAUAGUUUAUGAUAAUAAAACUGUAUGAAUUAUUAUGGAUAUGUGUGGAGCAUAAUGGUGCAUAUAGCAUUUUCGUGUUCCAGUGCUAUUCAUCGAAAGGGGAAAUAUGUAUGCGAAAUAUCCGUAGAAAUUCUUGACCGGUGUUGCUUGUUUGAUUGGUAGUUUGAUCUAACAUUAUGAACAAUCUUAAA